AUGCGCCAACAGGCUACAGGACGGCGAUCUCGUCGGCAGACAGCCCCGUCUCACCCGCCUCAAGCACUCCAGGCCAAGGAAGCCCAGGAGGUAGAGACAGUGCCGGAGGACCUAGACGCGUUGACGGAUAUUCACAAUGAGCUGGAUUUCAUUGAGUGGUAUAAUGAAGUGGAGGAUAGUUUGCUGGAGACCAGCUAUGAUGAAUACCAAGCCUGUCUCCAUGAACUCCAGAUGUCGAAAUCUCAUCUGGACUCGCUCUUAUCGGAUACCUCAUCUACCCUGAACCUGUUGAGCAGCCUGUCCCAAGACUUCCAGGCGGUCGAGCUGCAAACCUCCCAGUUCCAGAAACAGUGCGAAGGGCUCCUUUCUGCUCAGAAACGGGAUUCGGAAUUGGCAUCGAAUAUUCAAGAGAAUCUCCAGUACUAUGAGUUCUUAGACCCAGCUUCGAGACGGCUAAAUGCUCCCGGUGCUGGGAAUACUGUUCGCGGGAAGGACUUCUCCGAUAUGCUCAGACGGCUUGACGAAUGCUUGGACUACAUGGAGACGCAUCCCGAUCAGAAGGAGGCCAGUGUUUACCGUUCCAGGUACAGACUGCUGAUGACCCGUGCUCUUACUCUUAUCCGAGGACAUUUCGUCUCAGCUCUGCGAGACGUGUACGUAAGCGCCUCGAAGAAGAUUGCGGACAAACAACUCAACGACACCACGAUGUCCGCCCUGCUUUAUGCCAAAUUUCGAGUUGGCGCGCCGGAACUGAAACAGAUUGGUCUCGAGAUUCAAAAAAGAGCCGUCCCUCCGUUGGACCCAGACCAAGGGGCAGAAGCCGAAUACCAAAGUCUCCUCAAUGAACUGCACGCAAACUACGCAGCCACACGCGGGAAGCUAAUUGUACCCUUGGUGCACAAGAACCUCAACGAUAUUGCGCUGGCCCCUAGCACUUCAAAGGAUCUCGUCGCGUUCGCUCGCGGAAGCAUCAGCUACGUGCGUGGAGUAUGUUUGGACGAGUUCGAUCUUUGGGGAGAGUGGUUCCACGGGCAAGGGGGUCUAUACGACUUUCUAGAAACGAUCUGCGAGCCUCUCUAUGAUCGCCUCAGACCUAAGAUCAUACACGAGGACAAGAUCGUCAGGCUCUGCCAACUUUGCACUCUGCUCCAGACGCGCUAUCUACUAGACCAGGACGAAGAGACCGAGCACACGGACGCCAACCAGCUGGAUUUCUCCUCCCUGAUUCAGCCCGCGCUGGAAGAUGUCCAAACCCGUCUCGUUUUCCGCGCACAGGCCUUCCUCCGCGAUGAAAUCGAACGGUACAAACCCCGUCCAGAAGACCUGGACUAUCCAGCACGCAACCGGCCCGUUUCCAUAUCCGUGACUGAGGGACAGAUCUCUGGGCGGAAGGUUGCACCGGUCGAUACACUGGUCAGCCUGUCUAGCUCGGCAAACCAAGCAGAGGAUGACACGGACUCGCCGCCGGAUCAAGAUUCCAAGUGGGACUUGGAGUCCCAAACCGCGCUGAGCGGUUGGUAUCCCACUCUGCGGAAAGCCAUAUGGCUGCUAAGUCGGAUCUAUCGCCUGGUUAAUUCCACUGUCUUCGACGAUCUCGCACACCAAAUCGUGCACCAGACCAUUGCCUCCCUUCAGCACGCAAGCUCCCUGAUCAGCAGCAAAUCCGCCAUGGACGGACAACUAUUCCUGAUGAGCCACCUACUCAUCCUCAAGCAACAGAUCGUCGCGUUCGACAUCGAAUAUGUGACUCCCGAAGUCUCCUUCGACUUCUCCGGCAUGACAAACACCUUUUGGGAGCUUCGCGAACGCGGGGGACUCUUCAACCCGCGCAAUCUGAUACGACUCGUCGGCCACGGGCUCCUCCCGCGCGUGGUGGAGAACAUGCUAGACGCCAAAGUCGAGCUCGAUGGCCGUCUCCGCACCGUCAUCAACGACUUCAUCAACAGCUUCGCCACCACAAUGACCGCCUCCCUCCCCGCCCAAUCCCAAUUCAUCGACACCCGCAACCGCAAUCUGCACCGCGGCGAACUCAUCCUCCCCACCUGCCGUCUCCUCGAGUCUGAGGUACCUCGUCUGCGCAAGAUCCUUGCAGAUUACCUUCACGACUCCCGUAUGAAAGAGACUCUGGUAGGCGCCGUUCAGGACCGCGUGAUCCAGAUUUACGAGGAUUUCUUCGACCAGUACGUUGCCGCUGAGAAGAGUAAGGGCCGUCACCCCGGAAGCACGAGGAAGGGUAAGGGCCACGAAGACGCCGUCUGGGAUGUCGAUACGUUCUCCGAGUGGUGCGAGGGUGUCUUCCGUGUGGGUAUCGCUAUGCCCGAUGAUGAACUCGCCAGUCGAAGUCUGAGUUUGAGUCGGUCGGAGAGUUUGGGGUCUUGA